GUGCGGCCCGGCCCCGCCCCGCCCCGCGCCGGGUGAAAGGGUGUCCGGGAGGGCGGCAGCCAUGGCGGCUGUGUUGGUGCUGCGUUAUGGGGCACGGAGCGGCCGCCGGGCGCUGCGGGAGUGUGAAACGCUUUGUUCAAGACGGUGCCUUAAAACAUCACAUAAGCUGUAUUCUGCUGUGUAUGAUCCAAAUGAAAAGACUUUUGAAAAGCUCCUUAUUGCCAACAGAGGAGAGAUUGCUUGCAGAGUCAUCAAAACAUGCAAGAAGAUGGGGAUUAAAACUGUUGCCAUCCACAGUGAUGUUGAUGCCAAUGCUGUUCACGUGAAAAUGGCGGAUGAAGCUGUCUGUGUUGGCCCAGCUCCCACCAGCAAAAGCUACCUCAACAUGGACGCCAUCAUGGAAGUCAUUAAGAAAACCAGGGCCCAAGCUGUACACCCAGGAUAUGGAUUUCUUUCAGAAAACAAAGAAUUUGCCAGACGUUUGGCAGCAGAAGGUGUCACCUUCAUCGGACCCGACACGCAUGCUAUUCAAGCUAUGGGAGACAAGAUUGAAAGCAAAUUGUUAGCCAAGAAUGCAAAGGUCAACACAAUCCCUGGCUUUGAUGGAGUAGUCAAGGAUGCAGAUGAAGCUGUCAGAAUUGCAAGGGAAAUUGGCUACCCUGUCAUGAUCAAGGCCUCAGCAGGUGGUGGUGGGAAAGGCAUGCGAAUCGCUUGGGAUGAUGAAGAGACCAGGGAAGGUUUUAGGUUUUCGUCUCAAGAAGCUGCUUCAAGUUUUGGUGAUGAUCGCUUACUGAUAGAAAAGUUCAUCGAUAACCCUCGUCACAUAGAAAUCCAGGUAUUGGCAGAUAAACAUGGCAAUGCCUUGUGGUUGAAUGAAAGGGAGUGCUCUAUUCAAAGAAGAAAUCAGAAAGUUGUGGAGGAAGCUCCAAGCACUUUUCUAGAUCCUGAAACUCGAAGAGCAAUGGGAGAACAAGCAGUAGCUCUUGCCAAAGCAGUAAAAUAUUCCUCUGCUGGAACUGUAGAAUUCCUUGUGGACUCCAGUAAGAAUUUCUACUUCUUGGAAAUGAAUACUAGACUCCAGGUUGAACAUCCCGUCACAGAAUGCAUUACUGGCCUGGACUUGGUCCAAGAAAUGAUCCGUGUUGCUAAGGGUUACCCUCUCAGGCACAAACAAGCUGAUAUUCCCAUCAACGGCUGGGCGGUUGAAUGUCGAGUUUAUGCUGAGGACCCCUACAAAUCUUUUGGCUUGCCAUCCAUUGGUAAACUAUCUCAGUAUCAGGAGCCAUUGCAUGUGCCAAGUGUACGUGUUGACAGUGGCAUAGAACAAGGAAGUGAUAUCAGCAUUUACUAUGAUCCUAUGAUCUCAAAACUGAUUACGUAUGGCUCUAAUAGAGCUGAGGCAUUGAGAAGAAUGGAGGAGGCUUUGGACAAUUACGUAAUUCGAGGUGUGACUCACAAUAUCUCCUUAUUGAGAGAAGUCAUCAUCCAUCCACGCUUUGUUCAAGGAGACAUCAGCACUAAAUUUCUUCCUGAAGUUUAUCCUGAUGGAUUUAAAGGGCACCAGUUGACAGAUUGUGAAAGAAGAGAACUACUGGCAACAGCAGCUUCUUUGUAUGUGGCUGAACAACUGAGAUCGCAGAGAUUCCUGGGGACUCCAAGAAUUCCUAUUGCUAAACCAAAGAGAAGUAGCUGGGAGCUCUCUGUGCAUCUUGGGGACGGGGUUUACCCUGUUGCAGUUUCAAAGGAUGGCUCAUCAUUUUCUGUGGAAGUUGAUGGGAUGAAACUAAACGUGACCGGCGAGUGGAACCUGGCUUCGCCCUUGUUGUCUGUCACCAUCGAUGGGACUCAGAGGACUGUACAGCGUCUUUCUCGGGAUGCAUCUGGAAAGACGAGCGUUCAAUUUCUAGGCACAGUGGGAGAAGAGCGGUGUCGGCUUUGCUCGGCGAGGCUCGGCGUAGCGCAGAGACCUGCUGCCAUCUGCCGAUCUCUGCGUUCAUCUGCACGGGCUCCGCGAUGUGCCCGACGAGCUGCAUGCGGGGAAUUGCCAAAGGCAUUCAAGUUUUUAAGAGCUGAAAGCUUGGAGCUCGACGAGCGCACAUACCCGGGUGUUUUCCAAAGGGUUUCGUUUGGAGGGUGCUCUUGGGCACUUGGGGCUCAGUGCUAUUCUCUGGUUUUGUAAUAGGUGCGAUAGAAGAAACCCUCCUAUUUAUUUCUUAAGGUGCGUAACAGCUGCCAAAUGGUUUUUAUUAUGGAUAAAAUGGAUUCCAUGCAACCAAAGUAUUCCAUCCCACUGCUUGUGCAUGGAAACUGGAAGGGAAAUUGGUUAUUACGUUCCAAUCGGAAAAGCUAAACAAGUCAUUCACUGCAAAGCUUGGGUACGUGAUCAAAAGAAACGCUUAAGAAGUAAAAGCAAUAUUUAAGAUUCAUCAUGUUUAUUUAAAAAUUAUGGCUAAAAACCUGUCUGUCUGUCCCUGAGGGUCAGUUUCUGACUGGACGUAGUGUUGGAAAUGGAUGUCACAGUGCUCCUUGUCCACCAACGUUACCGUGCAGUGGGCACAAGGACGUUUGUGUUUGGUACACUGGCGUCCCCCCUCUGUGCUCCCAUUCUGGAAAACGAACUUCUUUACUGUAUUUGAUUAUUUCCUUUUCUGUGUUCUUUCUUUGCUGCUGUUUAGGGUCACAUAUUUCUCUUUCUACAUCCUGAAAAUGAAACCAAGUAAGGUUUUCAAGCAGCGAUUUUUGGGGCACUCCAGCAAAGAAUAGAUAACAGAUGUAUUCUCCAAAAACAUGCUGCCAAACAGUGUGGCUCGUUCACUGGAAUCCACGGAGGUACAACGUGCUA